AUGCAUCAGGAACAUAGGAAAAUGAAUUUUCUAAAAUAAAUUAAAGUUGAUACAAAUGACAUUUAUCAUAUAGAUGCAGAAAAGUAUUUUAAGAAAUAAUGCACAUCCUUAGAAAUAAUGCUUAUAUCUCGAAUGAUUACGAAAAUAAAUAAAAGGAAUAAUGAAUAGUUGAGAAUGAUAGCAAUUUCUAACGAGUUUGUGUAUAACAUUGAUAAGAAAUCAAUUAAAAGAAAGAUAGCAAUUAACAAAAUAUUUGGAGUCACCAUAUCAAAGAAGAGUCAAGAAUUUAUAAUUCAUGUACCUACCGAAUCUGAUUUAUUGUACAAAUCAUAAGAGAAUAGAGAUGUAAUAAUAUUUUACUUAGCAAUUGCAAUGAAAAUGCACAAUAUAGAUGGCAUCAAAAUAUAUUUUGUAGAAGAUGAACUUCUACACCCAUAUUGUAUGCAUCAUCAAACACUUGAUAAAUUAAAAUAAACUAGUUUGCAUCCCAAAUCCUAAAUUAGUAUAUUAUAUCCUGAGAAUUUCCAAUUACAUUAUAUCAAUACCAUGAAUAAGACUAAAGCUGCAUCAAAUGAAUUGUUGGUACUUUUUGCUAAUGACCCAUUAAGAUUGCGAGUUAAAUUAGAUGAGUACUAGAAAUCAGUAGUGUUAGCCUCAGGAUCUUUAAGCAAAAUAUACUUAUUGCAUAAUAAAUAUGAAAAAUAAUAACAAUUCUCAGUACUUAAAUGUGUUCCAAUUAAUGCAGUCGACAUAGAUUUGUUGGAGCUGUUUCUCAAAAAUUACGAGAGAUUGCCAUUCAUAGAGGAACUUGAAUUGUGCAUGCUCUACAAUGGUAAUGUUAAUUUAAUUUUCAAAUUCGUGAAAGGAGGAGAUCUCUAUUAACAUUUAAAGGAGAUUAACAAUUUUCCAGAAUAAUAAGUAAAAUAAAUAGUUGCAUAAGUAGCAAUAGCUUUAUCAGAUCUACAUGAGAGGGGAAUAAUUUUUGGUGAUUUGAAACCUGAAAAUGUUUUGAUAGAUGAAAGAGGUUAUGUAAGUUUAACUGAUUUCGGAUAUGGCAAAUUGAGAAUGUAUUAGGAAUACAAAAAAACAUAAGCAAUCAAUUUCACUAUUGAAUAUUCAUCUCCAGAAUAUAUUAAGAAUGGGGAACUUACUAGAAUGUCUGAUUGGUAUAGUUUAGGCAUUCUUAUUUAUGAAUUAUUGGUAGGCAUAACUCCUUUCUAUCAUAAUAAAUUUGAAAUAGCCUUGAAACUCAUACUCAAAGGUGAAAUUCAUUUCCCAAAAAAUAUCUUGUGCUCCUCAUAAUGUAAAGAUAUCAUCUAAAAGUUGAUAAAACAUGAUAGUACAUAACGAUUGGGAUUUCUCAUGGAUUUUAAGGAAGUACAAAGUCAUCCUUGGUUUCAUGAUAUUUCUUGGGAAGAUUUGUCAUAGAAAAAAUAUGAUACUCUUGCAUACACACCAUAAUUCAAUGAGAUAUCGCAAAUAUCAGAUAGAUAUUUUACUAUGGAAUAAUUAAAUGAGGAUGAAAGAAGCUGGUGA